AUGACAGAGGGAGAUCCAGUGUGGGAUGCAUUAGUCGAGGCACUUCUUGGGGCACCAUCAAAUGAAACAAAGGAGUGUCACCAGCCUAAAGCCAUCCUGCUGAAUACUGGAGAGAUGUCCAGACCUCUACCGUGGCACCCAACAAUCAUUGAUGUUCAGAUAAUCACUAUUGGAUCUUUGGCUAUACUUGCUGUUCCCGGAGAGUUUACAACCAUGUCUGGAAGAAGACUAAGAGAAGCUGUCAAGCAGGAACUGGAUCCAUCUAAUUCUACAAACACUGAUGUGGUUAUUUCAGGACUUAGUAAUGUAUAUACACAUUACAUUACAACCUUUGAGGAGUAUCAGGCUCAGAGGUACGAGGCUGCAUCUACUAUUUUUGGGCCUCACACACUGUCUGCCUACCUGCAACUGUACAGAGGGCUGGCCAAAGCAAUUGCAGAGAAUACAGUUGGUGAAUUGCCUAAAGGACCACAGCCACCAUUUUUUAAUGAAUCACAACUUUUUACCUUCUUGGGGGCUGUGCUUGUAGAUAGAGCCCCAGGAAAUACAACAUUUGGAGAUGUUUUGGAGGAGGCAAAUCAUCAUUAUCUGCCAGGUGAAGUAGCUUCAGUAACAUUUGUUGCUGGGAACCCCAGGAAUUCUGUGACAUACAUGGCUGAGGACACUUACCUUAAAGUAGAGAAAUAUGAGAAUAUAACAGGAACAUGGCGUACUGUUCAUAAUGAUGCCUCAUGGGAGACAAGAUAUUACUGGCAUAAAGGGACCGGAGGUCAAAGCAAUGCUACAAUUGAAUGGCACAUACCUCUCUCAGCAGAACCAGGAAUCUACAAGAUUAGUCACUUUGGUUAUUAUAAAGAGACACUUAUACCUGCUUCCAUAAAGCCAUAUAGUGGCAUUUCAUCUCAGUUUGAGAUCCAAAAGCUUUACUAG